AUGGCGGCACAAGUGACGGGCCAAUCUGGCCAACCUGAUAUUGCCUACACGCCAAACUUGGAAAUCUACCAGCAGCGCCUUAAACGGCGCCAAGAAACUGAAGAGCUGGAUAAGACCUUGCCUGAUGGGUUUCCACACAAGUUACAUUCUCAUAUGGCUUGGACUAGUGCGACCCUGAGUGAACCUGAUCUGGACGAGAUUCAGCAGGCGCUGGACAUUUUUAAGGGUAUAGCAUCUCAUGUGACUACUAGGCGAGCACGACAAGACCACCAGUUUAAUGGACGGCCAGCCAAUGUGGUCCUUGACCACAUUAAAAACCUCACUUUAAAGUUAGAUGCAAAGCAUAUUGGGUCUCCAGCAUACACUGCAGAGCAACAGGGCUUUCACACAGACGCGGGUGACGUGAUUGCGUUGUUCGCGCUGGCGGACGCAGCCGAGGGGGGUAAAAGCUACAUCGCAAGCAGCUGGACAGUGUAUAAUGAGCUGGCAGCUACAAGACCUGAUUUGAUUCGGACCUUAUCCGAGCCUUGGCAUGUUGACGGAUUCGGCAAAUCCGCGCCUACAUCUCGACCACUACUCUUUCAUCAAGCAGCAACGGCGAGCAAUCCAGAACGGGUGAUUAUACAGUAUGCCCGACGAGCGUUUACGGGAUACUGGGGUUUACCCCGAAGCAGCCAUCUCCCGCCCAUCACAGAAGCUCAAGCAGAGGCACUUGAUGCUUUGCACUUUACGGCCCAGAAACACGCAUUAGCUCUUGAAUUCCAGUCUGGUGACAUUCAGUUUAUUAAUAAUCUGAGUAUUCUUCAUGGAAGAGGCGCAUUUCGCGACACCCCGGAUAAACAGCGCCAUCUUUUGCGUUUGUGGCUUCGAGACGAUGAGUUGGCCUGGGAUACUCCUGCUGCGCUCCAAAGUCGCUGGCGCAGAUUGUUCGAUGAUGUAACGCCAGAAUCGCAGCUUUUCCCACUAGAGCCAUCCAUUCGAUCAACUUCAUCGGCGUAA